AUGAGAAAUGAGAUCGCGGAAUUAAAAGUAAAUUUAACAGAGGUUAAAACAGAAAACAACACUAUUAAAGAAAAAAUUCAGCUGAUAGAAAAAGAUUUUAUUGACUUGGAAAAGAAUAAUAAGUUGUUAACUGAAAAAUUACUACACAAAGAACAACAAGACCGUCGAAACAACAUAGAAAUCACGGGAAUUCCUUUUAAGAAAGGUGAAAAUCUUCUCAGCAUUUUUAAUUUAUUGGCUACCAAGGUUGGGUUUACACCCUCAUCUUCGGAUGUUGACUGCAUCCAUCGGGUCAGGCGAUAUCCUCGUGAAGGAAGACCAGGCGAUAGCACUCGUAAUGAAGACGCUCAACCACAAAAUAUUAUUGUUAAAUUUACACAGCAUAAUCGUAAGAAUGCUAUGAUAGCUGCAGUUCGCGCGCGCCGAGGUCUUACAACAGCUGAUGUGGGUAUCGACGGCGCAGCCAAACCAAUUUUUAUAAACGACCACCUUGCACCACACAAUAAAAUGCUAUAUGGACGUGCUCGUAAGGCCGGUCGUGAAUUGGGAUAUAAAUACAUAUGGCUUAGUGACUGCAAGAUAUUCCUUCGAAAGAGUGACGCGUCUAAAGCAAUUUUAAUAUCUUCCGAAAGUGAUCUAAUUAAAAUAAAGUGA